ACAUCUAAUUCUGAAGCGCGAAAGGUGAUGUGGACCUGUUCUUCCUACUCUUGAUCCCAAGGAAGUCUAAGCAAGCCAGUAAUGGCGGCUCUGCAGAGGCGCCAGCACCUAAGCAAGCUGCUCCUGCUCUUUGCUCUCCUGGGGACACUGUAUGGGGCUGCGACCCGGCAGAUCCGCUACUCUAUUUUGGAGGAGCUGGACAAAGGCUCCUUCGUGGGCAACAUCGCCAAGGACCUGGGACUGGAACCUCCAGAACUAGCAGAGCGCGGAGUCCGCAUCGUCUCCAGAGGUAGGACACAGCUUUUCUCUUUGAACCUGCGAAGCGGCAGCUUGGUCACAGCCGGCAGGAUAGACCGGGAGGAGCUCUGCGCUGAGAUCCCGCAGUGUCUGGUGAGUUUUAACAUCCUUGUAGAGGAUAAACUGAAUCUUUAUCCCGUGGAAGUCGAAAUAAUGGACAUUAAUGACAAUACACCCAGAUUCUCAAGAGAACAGCUGGAAGUGAAAAUUCUUGAAAAUGCAGCUCCAUCCUCUCGUUUUCUCCUAAUGGAGGUCUAUGACCCUGAUGUGGGAAUGAACUCUCUUCAGGGAUUUAAGCUCAGCGCUAAUAAUCACUUCUCAGUGGACGUGCAAAGCGAAGCCAAUGGGCCCAAGUACCCAGAGCUGGUGCUGGAGCACGCCCUGGACCGGGAGGAAGAAGCUGUUCAUCACCUGGUCCUUACUGCUAUGGAUGGUGGUGACCCGGUCCGCUCAAGUGUGGCGCGAAUUCUGGUAACUGUCUUAGAUGUGAAUGACAAUGCACCAGUGUUUACUCAGUCUAUCUACAGAGUGAGUGUUCCUGAAAAUCUGUCAGUAGGUACACCAGUGCUGUCAGUAAAUGCCACUGACCAGGAUGAAGGAGUCCACGCAGAAGUAACUUAUUCCUUUGUGAAGAUUCCAGAAAAGAUCUCACAAAUUUUCUGCUUGAAUGUUUUGACUGGAGAAAUUUCAACUUCUGCAAAUCUAGACUAUGAGGACUCUAGCUUUUAUGAGCUGGAUGUUGAAGCCCGGGAUCGGCCAGGUCUUCUAAGCAGAGCAAAAGUCUUAAUAACUAUCUUGGAUGUCAAUGAUAAUGUUCCAGAAGUGGUUGUUACAUCUGGAAGCAGAACAAUUGCUGAAAGUGAACCUCCAGGAACAGUAAUCACUCUUUUCCAAGUGUAUGAUCGGGACUCUGGACUGAACGGCCUGGUAACGUGUUCUAUCCCGAGAAGUCUUCCUUUUGAACUGGAAAAAUCAGUAGACAAUUAUUAUCGACUAGUGACAAAUUCAUUUCUAGACCGGGAAGAGGUGUCAUUGUACAACAUCACUGUGACAGCUACAGACAAAGGAAUGCCUCCUCUAUCUACAGAAACGCUCAUCUCUGUAAAGGUGGCAGACACCAACGACAACCCUCCCGCUUUCUCCCACUCACUCUACUCUGUCUAUGUUCCUGAGAACAACCCCAAGGGCGCUUCCAUCUUCUCUGUGAAGGCGCACGACCCAGACAGUGAGGAGAACGCCCGCGUCUCUUACUCUCUGGCGGAAGACACCCUCCAGGGGGCGCCUGUCUCCUCCUUUGUCUCUAUCAACUCCAACACCGGAGUUCUCUAUGCGCUGCGCUCCUUUGACUAUGAGCAGUUUAGAGACCUGAAGCUGCUGGUGACAGCUAGCGACAAUGGAAACCCUCCACUCAGCAGCAACACGUCUCUGAGCCUGUUCGUCCUUGACCAGAAUGACAAUGCGCCUGAGAUCUUGUACCCUGCCCUCCCCACGGAUGGUUCCACUGGUGUGGAGCUGGCACCCCGUUCCGCGGAGCCUGGCUACCUGGUGACCAAGGUGGUGGCGGUGGACAGAGACUCAGGCCAGAACGCCUGGCUGUCUUACCGCCUGCUCAAGGCCAGCGAGCCAGGGCUCUUCUCUGUGGGGCUGCACACGGGCGAGGUGCGCACAGCACGGACUCUACACGACAGAGAUGCGCUGAAGCAGAGCCUUCUGGUGGCCGUCCAGGACCACGGCCAGCCCCCUCUCUCGGCCACCGUCACGCUCACCGUGGCCGUGGCUGACAGUAUCCCUGAAGUCCUAGCUGACCUGAGCAGCCUCAAACCCUCUACCAGCCCUUAUGACUCCGACCUCACACUGUACCUAGUGGUGGCGGUGACUUCAGUCUCCUGUGUCUUCCUGGCCUUUAUCAUUGUGCUACUGGCAUUGAGGCUUCGGCGGUGGCACAAGUCACGUCUGCUACAGGUUACAGGAGAUGAACUGGCCAGCAUGCCCGCCUCUCACCUUGUAGGCAUGGAAGGAGUGCGAGCUUUCCUGCAGACCUAUUCCCACGAGGUCUCCCUUACCGCAGACUCGGGGAAGAGCCACAUCAUCUUCCCUCAACCCAAUUACGCGGACACGCUUAUCAGCCAGGAAAGCUGUGAGAAAAAUGAGCCUCUUUUGAUACAGGAAGAUUCAGAGUUUUGUAAAAAGGAAGACUCCUUUGCUCAGGUGAGGUGA